AUGAAUGAACAAAGUUCAAAUUUUCAAAAAUGGAAAUCAAAGAUUUUAAGGCAAAAUAACAGUAGAGAAAAUAUUAGUGCUAAUGCAGUUAAUUACAACAAGAAUAGAAGACCAUCUAAUCUGAGGACUUCAAUAAGCUCCACAUGUUCAUCAAAUAAAGAUAACGAAAACGAAAAUGAACAUGAUCCCACUUCAAUAGCGCAUGCAACAUCACAAUCAUCGUCGUCAUCAUCAUUGAAAAAUUCGACUGAUAAAGGGAGAAAACGUUCAUCAUCUUCCUUUUCAUCUUUCGCGGAGUUACUAAGCUUGAACAACAAAAAUAAUAACAGCAAAUCGGGUAAAAGUUCUGGCUCGCCAUCAUCUCGUUCAGCCAAUCCAUCACCUUCUACUUCAUCCGUAGGUUUAUCAAAUCUUCGGCAGCGACCAAAGAAUAAUACAAGAGGCCAAAGCGACGGACAUUUAGUUUCACACUCAUCUAAGUCAUCAUCUUCUUCCUCAUCAUCGUCCUCAUUGGAAUCCGCCACGAAGGCAAGCAUCAACCCGUUAGAUAUAGUCAUAUCACUUUAUGAUUUCUUUCCAGAAAAUAGAAAUUCGACCACCUAUACUAAUAGUCAAUUAAGUUUCCCAAAAAAUGAAUUGAUCUAUGUAUUAGAGAAAAAUUUUUCAGGUUGGUGGGAUGGUAUAAUUAUAAGCUCCCAAAAUGAUGUGAAAAGAGGCUGGUUCCCACAAAAUUACGUCACAUCGAUUAAAAACUCUGUUAAAAUUAAAUUAAAUGAGAAUCUAAAUCCAAAUACUACGACAAGUAAUCCUGAAGAAAUAGCUAGAAAUAUCAUUAAGAAUAAUAAUCCUGAUAAGACAAAACCAACGUCGUCAUCGACAACAUCACCAGCGACACCAAGGUCCUUAUCUGUCCCAAAUAAAAAGAAUGCUAUCAUUAAAAGAGAUAGAUCUUCCCUACCGUAUUCUUCAAAACUCACUGAAACUAAAAGUACUGUGAACAGUAAGAAAAAUUCAUUUUCAGCACCAACACCUUCCACUUUGUCGUCUAAAAGGCCAUCCGACGCUGCUAUUUUGACGCCAAAUUUACCUCCUUCUCAUCCUUCAAGAUCAUCUCUAUCUUUAGAACCACAGCAGGAACCACCAUCGUCAUCGCCAUCUCAUGAAUCCAUUGGGAGAAUAACUUUCAAGGAUAUUGAUCCAUUCCAAAACAAUGAUAAUAAGAAUAAUGAAACCGGUGUAGAACAAGAAAGAAACGAUAUUAAGCCAAGGCCACAAUCAACCGAAUACAGAAAAAGAAAUGUAUCUUUAUAUCAUUCAGUACCACAAGAAAAGGUCUAUACAACCGAUGAAAUACAAACAGUACUUGCUACUUUGAAAAUACCGAUUCCAAUGAUAUGGGAUCCCGUCAUAGACACCAAUGGUACUGAGAUUGUCAACAAUCGUAAUGGUUGUGAUCUUAAAAUAUUUUACUAUAAUGAUACAUUUGACAUUUAUACCAAAGAUUUGCCAUUACUUCAACCAGCAUCUAUUUUACCAAAAAGUUCCAUUCCAACUUUAUCAAUAUCAUCAACUGAUCAUAUAUUUGAAAAGAGGAACUCGCAAAAGGUUCAAGAUUUGAAGAAAGAUUUCAAAAAAAUUGCCGAGUCUUUGAGUUCUCGUAAUGGUGGCGAAGCUGUUAACAAUUCAAUACCUACUUCUUCUUCAAUAAUGCAAAACUUACAAUAUAACCGACGACAAACAAUCUCCCCGUCACCAUUGAAUAUCGCAAGUGGUACUUACGGGGGCUGUCGAAGUAGUAACAAGAAGCAAAAUGGUAAUAAUUCAUCUCAUGGUCAUUUUGCUACAAUUACACCUACGCCCAUUGCAUCAUUAGAUAAUUUGUUUUAUGACCAUGAAAAUGAUAUCAAAACCUGCACUCAAUUGAAAAAUUAUACCUUGCGUCAAUUAGAACUAACUCGUCAAUCCUUCGAGGGUUCAAACCGUUAUGAAUAUUGGGAAAAUUUCAAUAAAACAAUGUCGUAUAUGACAUAUAUCCAAAUGGUAUGCAGAUUAUUACAAGCACAAAUUAAAUCUAAAAAUAUGAUUAAGCUUUUUCAAAAAUCUUUGAAAGCUUUAGUUAAUUCCUUAACUAAAAUUCAAAUCAACUCGUGUUUACAUUUUAAUUUUAUGACUAUGGAAGCAAGGAAGCAAGAAUGUUUAAAACCAUUAUAUAUCCAUGUGCCUAUUUCUAAGAAUGACUCGAGUAAUAGUGAUUCUAAUUUUGAUUUUCCUGAGCAAAAAAGACCAAGAGAUCAUGAUGAUGGAGAUAAAACAUUUAGUCCCAGAGUAGUAUCUAAUUCAAUUGAAAUUGAGUACCUUGAAUUAUUAACCAUAACAAAUUCGCUUUUCAGGUUAUUACAGGAAGCAAUGUCCGACUAUAGUAACAAAGCAGAUGAUGAAAGCGAUGGCAAUAGCGGUGGGAACUCGAUGGAUACUUUACCACAAUUAUUCCCCAGGUUCUUUAAAAAUUCAUUCAAUGGUACUUCAUGGAAAAACAUAUUCCUUACUCCAAACUCUAAUGACGCUAAUAUACCACCGUAUCCUAAAUUAAUGCUCGACUCACUAGCGACAGCAUCUGGAGUAAAAUUGAACUCAGAAGAUUUGUCCUCGCAUUUAAACGCAUCAUGGUAUCCCAAAUUUAAUUCAUCUAUAUCGGGGUCAACAUUGGUAGCAAGCGCCAAUGGUAAUAACUUAAUUCCAGAAAGAACAUUGAGAAGGGGUACGGUCACAACUAAUAUAUUUAGACAGUCUACAUCUUCUGCUUCUCCAACUACUCAUGUAUUAACAAGCUCAAGAAGCCCAAGUCAUAAUAAUAUUCAAGAAUCCAGGUUUAUUAAUACAAAAAUCCCAUUAAAUCGUGAGACGUUACAAAUGAUGAGUAAACUACAAGCAGAACUUUAUGGUAAAAUACAUCCUUUUACUUCAUACUCUCCAUUGAUGAACAAUGAUGUUCCAGAGCGUAAGAAAAAAUUAAUGAUAAAUUUAAAGACUUAUGAAGAAUUUAAUCAAACUAUUUUAAUUAUUGAACUUUUAGAGAAUUUGGAUUUAACAAUUUUCCUGAACUUAGAAAAGUUAGUCAAGAUGGAGGAUGAAAGAGUAUCAAACCCUGAAGACAACAUGGAGGCAGAUCUUGACGAAAAUAAUGAAUAUGAUUUACAAAUGGAUGAAGAAACUAAAGAAUUUUUAGCUCAUUCAUUUUCGACUACAUCGACCAUACUAAGAGAUUUUUUCCAUAUCAAACAGCAAUUACACAAUGGAUUUAUUAAUUUGAUUAUUUGCACACAAAAUACCACGUUAGACGAUCCAUUUGUAUUUGCUUCGAUGAAGGGUAAUUCCCCAAUCGGCCACAAUGAACCAUUUAAUAGAUUGGAUGAAUAUUCCGCAGCCAUGAAAUUUAUGAAGAAUUUAAUAAAGAGAGAUUAUGAAACCAAUGGAAGUAAAUUUGUGGAUGUUUCUGAUGAAUUGGCUAUUGCAUGUAAUGAUUUUAUCGACAUCGCUGCAUUAUCAUGUGGAAUAGUGGAACAAUUGAUUGAAAGUAGGGAAAAUAUUUUAAAUUACGUGGCAAGGAUGAUGCAAAGUCAUAUUGCUUCAAAAUUAUUAGACGGUGAAGCAAAUGAGAAUGAGUCCGAAGAAGUAAAUGAUUGGUCCCAAGAAUCAUUUAACGAGAAUGAGAAUGAAGAAGUUGAUGAAAGAACAUUUGAUGCAAAUAGAAACUUGGUUCCAUGGUAUUUAUUACCUGAUUUUGAAAAUGAAUUAGUUUAUACUGCAAAACAUAGAGUCAAAGGUGGCACGAAAGAUGCGUUAAUCGAACAUUUGACAAGCACUGAAUUUGUAGAUCAUUGGUAUAACGUUACGAUGCUGUUGACAUUUAGAAGUAUCUUCACCACAAGAGAAUUUUUAUUUGCAUUGAUUUGUCGAUAUAAUAUAUAUCCACCAGAAGGUUUGAGUUUCGGUGAGUACAAUAAAUGGGCAACAAAGAAGGCAAUACCCGUUAAAAUCAACGUAGUUCGAAUAAUGACCAUAUUUUUGGAACAAUAUUGGGCUCCUGGUUAUUUUGAAGAAGGUUUAGAUACUAUUAUGACAUUUGCCAAGAUGGUUGAAUGUGAACAUAUUGAAGGAGCCGAACACUUGGCCAGACAAAUUCAUCUAACUUUAGAAGAAAGUAAGAAAUACAAUGCAGAAUAUGAGAAAAGAAUAGAAUCCACUGUAGAGGAAGUUUUCUCUGGAGCUAAAGUUAAGGACAAAAAGGCAAUGCGUCAACAACCAAUAUUGAAAUUCCACACCUUCAAAAUAUUAAAUGUCUUCCGCCCAGCUUUGCAAUCUUCUCCUUCAAGGUCAUCAUCUCCCUUCAAAAUUCCGAACAAGAAGGUGACAUAUCUGGACUUUACUCCCGUUCUUUUAGCCCAACAAUCUGCUUUAUUGGAGCAUGAAUUAUUCACAGAAAUAACAAUAUUUGAGUGUCUUGAUAGAGUUUGGGGUAAGAAAUAUUGCGAUAUGGGUGGAUCUCCUCAUAUUACCAAAUUCAUUUCAGUAGCGAAUAAUUUGACAAAUAUGAUCUCUACAACGAUUAUAAGAGAAAGGGAUAUCAAGCAAAGAGCGAAAUUGAUCGAUCACUUCAUUCAAGUUGCGGAAGCUAGUAAGGCACUAAAUAAUUACUCCUCUAUGACAGCUAUCAUUUCUGGUUUAUAUUCUUCUCCUAUAUUUCGUUUGAAGAAGACAUGGGAACUAGUUCCAGAAAAUUCCAAAAAUCUCUUAAAGGAAUUGAACGAAUUAAUGGAUUCGAAGAAAAAUUUCAUUAAUUAUAGGCAAUCAUUGAAGUCUGUAAAAGAUGUUCCAUGUAUCCCAUUCUUUGGAGUUUACUUGUCAGAUUUAACCUUUACUCAUAGCGGUAAUCCAGAUUUCUUGCCAGGAUCUGCAAAUAUGAUUAAUUUUAAUAAGAGAGCUAAGCUCAUUGAUAUUAUAGAGGAAAUCAUAUCAUACAAGAAAUUGAGGUAUACAUCUUUUAAAAGAAACGAUGAUAUCAUAGAUUUUAUUUACUCGACAAUUGAAGAUUUACCUCAUAUUGAGAAACAAUAUGAACUUUCGUUGAUUAUUGAGCCACGGACUAAAAAAUAA